AUGGGCGUCGACGCCGGGCGAAGACGGGCGACAUGGAGCCGCCCGGAGGACUCCGUCGCGGAGCUCCGCGCCGCGGCCGCGCGAAGCGGCCGGUCCACGCUCGCGUCGUCGUCGUCGUCCAAGUCGAGGGCGGCGGCGUCGGACAUCGCGCAUCCCGCGGCUUUCUGCGCGUACACGCGCGGCGCGCACGCGGAGAAGGGCAUCUCGCGGCCGGUCGUGACGACGCGGCCGAGGCCGACGAAGGUGGGCGUGAGCGCGAUGAACGCGAUGGCGAGGGCGCCGCCCGAGCGCGCGGCCGCGCGCCCGGCGAGGAGGACGCGCGUCGGGUGGGAGACGAGCGGCGGGGGGGCCGCGGACGAUUCGGACCGCGCGCGUUCCGUUGAGAAGAAGAAUACGCCGGCGACGACGGCGACGGCGACGGCGACGGCGACGGCGACGGCGCCGAAACCGAAACCGAAGCCGACGGUGAUAUACGACGACGACGACGAAGAGGAGGAGGAGGAGAUCGUCGGCGUCCCCAGAGACGCGGCCGGGGACGCGGCGACGGCGUCGUCCGCGCGUGCGCUCGACGCCGACCCGUACGACUCGGACGGCGACACGGUCAUCUCCUACGAGGAAGAGCGCGAGCUGGAGGCGUACGACGACGACGAAGACGACGACGAUGACGACGUCAUCGAGGAGGUGAUAGAGGUGGUAGACGACGAUGAGGAGGAGGAGGAGGAGGAGGCGAUAGAGAAGGUCACGACGGGGAUGAUGGCGACCGGGUUGACCCCGACGCGGGCGCCGCGAUGA